AAUCGUAAAAAUUCGGAAAAAGUACGGACAACUUAUACCGUCCGUCGUUUUCUCUCCUUUCACCUCGCACCGGAGAAAGAGCAGUCGCCGAUUUCUCGCCGUCAGGUUUAUCAGUAUCACCGGUAUCCUUGACGCAAUCAUGUCGUAGCAGAGCUACCACCUUCGAAGCGCAAAGCUCGACCUAAUUGGUCCUACCAAAGGCAUAUUGAAUCUCGACUGUUUUCUAAGCUAACCGGCAUCCAUCGUAGUUUCAAGAAACCGUUUGCUUGGUGUUAUAUCGAUUUCUGUAGAGAAGCUUCAGUAACGUCUUUAUUGGCAAUGGAGAUGGAUUGGUCUGAAACAAAGCGUGAACCACAUGAAGAGAGAGAUGAAGAUUCUCCAAGAGAGCGCAGGAGCAAGGAUAGGAAGAAGAGCAGCAGGGAAGAAGAAAAGGAUCAUCGAGGUAGGGACAGAGAGCAAGAACGUUCCAAGAGAAGUAGUGGUGAUGAUCUUGUGAAGGAAAGAAGGAAGGAUGAUAGGGAUGAGCGUGAAAAGGAUAGAAGCAGGGAUAAUAAAGUCAGGGAGAAAGAAAAAGAUUAUGAUAGGGAUAAGUAUAGGGAAAAAGAUCGAAAGGAUCGUGGUAAAGAAAAGGAUCGGGAGAGGGAGAGAGAUGUUGAAAAGGAGAAUGAUAGAGGGCGAGAUAAGGACAAGGGAAAGGAGAAGAGUAGGCAUAGAGAUAAAGAAAAGGAGAAGGAAAGAGAUAGGGCAAAGGAGAAGGAGAAACUCAAGGGUCGAGACGAGAGGGAUAGUGAAAUGGAUAUGGAUAAAGAGAAGGGUAAGGAGAAAACUAGAGAGAAGGAUAGGGAGACAGAUCAAGAAAAAGAGAAGUUGAAGGAGAGGGAUAAAGUGAGCAAGAGAAGUCAUCAGGAGUAUGAAAGAAGCAAAGAUGGGGGAAAGGAUGGCAGUCUUGAAGAUAAAAGAUAUAGGGAUGAAGAUGAACGUGAUGCUGACAAUACCUCAGGUGCCAUGCAGACGUCAACAUCUGAGCUUGAGAAUCGUAUUCAGAAGAUGAAAGAAGAAAGAUUGAAGAAUAAGUCUGAAGCUGUUUCUGAGGUUUUAGCAUGGGUUAACAGGAGUCGUAAACUUGAGGAGAAAAAGAAUGCUGAAAAAGAGAAGGCCUUGCAACUCUCAAAGAUUUUUGAGGAGCAGGACAAUAUUGUUCAAGGGGAAAGUGAAGAUGAGGAGGAUGGUCAGCAAGCUACCAAUGAUCUAGCUGGGGUUAAAGUUCUUCAUGGCCUUGAAAAAGUAAUGGACGGUGGAGCGGUUGUUUUCACUCUCAAAGAUCAAAGCAUACUUGCCAAUGGCGACAUUAAUGAAGAUACUGAUAUGCUUGAAAAUUUUGAAAUUGGAGAACAAAAGCGGCGAGAUGAGGCUUAUAAGGCUGCCAAGAAAAAGACAGGGAUCUAUGAUGAUAAGUUUAAUGAUGAGCCUGGUUCAGAGAAGAAGAUAUUGCCACAGUAUGAUGAUCCAACUACAGAGGAGGGUGUAACUCUAGAUGAAAGGGGACACUUCACUGGAGAAGCUGAAAAGAAAUUAGAGGAGCUCCGCAAAAGGAUACAAGGUGUUUCUACAAAUACUCAUGUUCAAGAUCUAAACACUGUUGGGAAGGUUUCAUCAGAUUAUUAUACUCAGGAGGAAAUGCUUCAAUUUAAAAAGCCCAAGAAAAAGAAAUCUUUGCGGAAGAAAGAGAAGCUGGAUUUGGAUGUUCUUGAAGCAGAAGCUAUCUCUGCAGGAUUGGGUUCUGGAGAUCUUGGUACUAGAAAUGAUGCUAGAAGGCAAGCAAUUAAAGAGGAGCAAGAGAGGUCUGAGGCAGAGAGGAGAAACAAUGCAUACCAGUCUGCUUUAGCUAAAGCAGACGAGGCAUCUAAAUUACUGCGACUUGCACAAACUCUUCCAGUCAAACUUGAGGAAGAUGAAAAUCAAGUGUUUGCUGACGAUGACGAGGAUCUCUAUAAAUCCCUAGAAAGAGCUAGGAAAUUGGCUCUUAAAAAGCAAGAAGAAGCAUCAGGUCCCCAAGCAAUUGCACGCCUUGCCACCACUGCUCCCAGUGGUCAAACUGCAGAUGACCAAAACACUACAACUGGAGAGUCACAAGAAAACAAAGUUGUAUUUACAGAAAUGGAGGAGUUUGUGUGGGGCCUUCAGCUCGAUGAAGAAGCCCAUAAGCCUGAUGGUGAGGAUGUUUUUAUGGAUGAAGAUGAAGUUCCAAGUGCUUCUGACCAAGAUGGAAAAGAUAAACAAGAUGAGGCUAGCGGGUGGACAGAAGUUAAAGAUACUAGUACAGAUGACAAGCCAGCUAAUGAGGAUACAGAGGAGAUAGUUCCAGAUGAUACCAUUCAUGAAGUUGCAGUUGGUAAAGGGUUAUCUGGGGCAUUGCAGCUACUUAAAGAACGUGGAACACUUAAGGAAACCAUUGAAUGGGGUGGCAGAAACAUGGACAAGAAGAAGAGCAAACUAGUGGGCAUCAUAGAUGAUGAUAGAGAGAAUGAUAGGUUUAAGGAUAUUCGUAUUGAGAGGACGGAUGAGUUUGGACGAAUUCUAACUCCCAAAGAAGCCUUUAGGAUGCUGUCACAUAAAUUCCAUGGGAAGGGGCCUGGCAAAAUGAAGCAAGAGAAACGGAUGAAACAAUAUCAGGAGGAGUUGAAGUUGAAGCAAAUGAAGAAUUCAGAUACACCUUCACAAUCUGUGGAAAGAAUGAGGGAAGCUCAAACUCGGCUAAAAACACCCUACCUCGUCCUUAGUGGUCACGUGAAACCAGGGCAAACAAGUGAUCCUAGAAGUGGGUUUGCAACUGUUGAAAAGGAUCUUCCCGGGGGCUUGACACCAAUGCUCGGUGAUAGGAAGGUUGAGCAUUUCUUGGGGAUCAAGCGCAAGGCUGAGCCAGAGAACACAAGCACUCAAAAGAAGCCUAAGACAUGAGAUGUGCUAUGGUUGAUUUCUUUUCGAGUGCAACAUUUGGACGUUAGUAUCUAAAUAGUCUCUUUUUCCUUUCUUUUUUUUCUUCCUAUAAUUCUUCGCUUGUAAGAGAAUAGGGAGGAGAUAAGGGACGGUUACAUGUUGAAAAUAUCAAUAUACUGUUAUACUGCCAAACCUUUUUUUCCCCCUACCCUAAUCACAAUUGAGUACAUCUUCUGUGAGAAUUGAUUUCUUUUUUCAUUU